CUGUCGUUAAUUAUACAGUAAUAUCGAGUACUUAUUAAGGCGUAGGCUAACAGAGCUUUGUGCUUACAACUGAGGCAGCUAUGGCCUCAGAAUACGGUGGCGAUGCUGACGGCGGCGUGGCCGCCGAGGUUGCGCAGCGCUAUGGCCGUUCUGCGCAGCCUGAGUCGCAGCAAGUCGUCGCGGUGUUCAAAGCUAUCACAGAUGUCAUCCGCACCGAAGGUCUUCCACUCAGUCCAACCAGCUACUUUGCAGCCAUCAUGUCUGCGCUCGAGAAACCUGAGACGCAGACCUCUCAGCAGGUCGUCCUCGCCAUGCUGACCCUGCUGUCGCUGGUGCUGCCCCGCCUGCCCGCCCACGUGCUGCGCUCUCGCUUCGCGGGCGCCGCGGAGCUGGUGGGGGCGCUGCUGGCGGCGCACGGAGCCGAGGCGGCGACCGCCAAGGCAGCACUGGGCUGCCUGGCACAGGUCCUGGCCGCUGCCGACCCCGCUGCCUGGCUGGCUGCCGUACCCGCCUUCAACCAGCUGCUCACCUUCCUCACGGACGCGCGGCCCAAGGUCCGCAAGCGGGCCUCCGGGGGUCUGGUGGAGGUGCUGGCGGGGCUGCAGCGGAGUGCGGCACUGGGGGCGGCCAGCGAGCUGGUGCUCAAGGCCUGCCAGCGCAUCCUGCCCGGCCCCGCCGCCGCCGCCCAGGCCGCCGCGUCUGCCUCCAACAAGCAGCGGGCGGCUGCGGAGGCCGCCAUCACCGCCGCGGUGGCGGACGCGCUGCACCUGCUGGGGGCACUCAAGGGGGGCCUGCCGCUGCUGGCCACACAGGCUGCCAAGGCCGCCACCGAGCUGCUUCUGAAGCUGUACAGCCUGCGGCAGCCGCUGCUGGACCGCCACGUCACGGAGGCGCUGGCGGCACUGGCGGGGGCGCAGGGGGCAGCAGCAGCCGGCAGCAGCAGCGGCAGUGGUCUGGCGCCAUCAGACCUGGGCGACCUGCUGACGGUGGUGACGGACACGGAGUCGCUGUGGGUGGGCGGAGGCAGGGACCCGGGGCUGCUGAUGGCGCUGGGGCGGCUGCUGGAGGGCGGCUUCUCCCGGCUGGCGGAGGUGGACCCUGCCGCCUGCGCCGCCCGCCUGCCGCGUGCCGUACACGCGCUCGUACCGCAGCUGGCAGCGGAGCAGGACGGAGUGCGGUACGGCACUUCGCAGGCCCUCCGCACGCUCAUCACCGACUGCCUCACUGCUGACACGGUGGCCGCAGCCCGCCGCGCGCGACCCACGGGUCCCUCCUCCUCGGGCCCCACCCCGCUCGCCUCCCUGGUUGCAGCGGUGGCCAGCACCCUGUCGGCGCGCUACCAGGACGCCUGGGGCAUGGCGCUGCCGGUGGUGGGCACCCUGAUAGAGAAGCUGGGUGAGGUGGGCGCUGCUGACGUGGCGGGGCCGCUGCUGGUGCCGCUGGGGGCCAUCUGCGCGGGGGCACUGGACGCGGUGGAGGAUGCGGACGCGGCGGGGGCGGGAGCGGGAGGGGAGGAGGAGGAGGGGGGAGCGGCUGGGAAGGCGGCUGCGGCGGCUCAUGCGGGUGCGGCUGAGGCGACGUUGGGGACGGCGCUGCGGGCGCUGGGCCCGGAGGCGGUGCUGAAGGUGCUGCCGCUCCAGAUCCUUGAGGGCCUUGCGGGUACGGCAGAGCCCCGUACCUGGCUGCUGCCCCUCAUGCGGCGCCACGUACGGCACUCGCAGCUAGGGUUUUGGUUCCGCGAGCUGCUGCCGCUGGCUCAGUCGCUGGGCGGGCGGGCGGCGGCGCUGUCGGCGGCGGGGGGUGCGGCGGCGGGGGCGCUGGCACUCAAGUGCCGGGCGCUUGAGCUGCAGGUGUGGCACUGCCUGCCCGCCUUCAUCUCCUGGGCCACCGACCUGCCGACAGCCUACCCCGCAGCGGUCAACUCGCUGGCGGCCGCCUUCGCCAACCGCCCCGACCUGCACCCGCCCAUCUGCAUGGCGCUGCAGCGGGCAGCAGCGCAGGUACGACACGUCUUGGCGGCGGACGGACGCGGGUCGGAGUUCAUUGGCUUCGCGGACCCCGCCGCUCACGGACCCACCAGUGGCGCCGCUGCCGCCGCUGGCGGCACCGCCGGCGCCGACGACGAUGACGACGACGGCGCCGCCGCCGCCGGCAUGGCGGAGGACCCCGCCGUCGCCGCCGCGCAUGGCGGCGCGCCGCCGUCAGGGUACGACACUGCGGCGGCGGAGGCGGCGCUGACGGCGCUUCGUUCGUAUAACAAGCAGUGGCUUUCCGUACUGUGCAAGGCCUAUUUGGUUUCGGAGCCGGAGGGUCGGUUGCCGUACUCUGCUGCGAUUGCGGCGGUGUCGGCGGUGACGGAGGCGGGGGUGGUGGGCGGGUACUUCCGCUCCGCCAUGCAGAAGCUACAAAAGGUUGUGCUGGACGAGUCCGCGGAAGUCCCCCCGCCCGACCUGAUCACUGACGGCGGCCCCGACCCCGCCGCCCGCCGCAACGCCUUCCUGGAGCUGGCGCUGUGGCUGAGCUUCGGACUGCCGGAGGGGGCGGUGGACGCGUUGUUCCGGUCGGUCAAGGGUGCGCUCACGCACAGCCAGGCCGCCGUACAGAAGCGCGGCUUCAAGGUCCUUGCCGUACUGGCGGAGGCGCGGGGCAGCUGGCUGGCGGGGAACCUGGGGGAAGUGAUCAAGCAGCUCCUGGGCCCUCAAGCCACCGCCACCCUCUCAGCGGCCCGGCGGUACCGACUCCGCGUCAUUCGCCCCGUCAUCAUCGCGCUGCAACAGCUGGAUCCGAAAUCCGCUGCCGCACAACUGCCUCGGGACUUGCUGGGCGGCGACGAGGAGAUGGCGGACGGCAAGGACGCGGAUGAUGAUGAUGAGGAGGGCGAGGAUGGGAAGGGGAAGAGGCAUCAGGCGGCUUUCCGGCGGCAGCUGGUGGCUUCCCUGGUGGCGGAUAUCGUACUGUGUACCAAGGAGUCGAAUAAAAAGACUCGCGCCGCCGCGUACGACCUGUUGGUGGGUCUCGCUCACGUUAUGGACGAGCAGGAGCCCGGGCAGCUGGGGGGCAGCGAGGAGGAGGAGGAGGACAUGGGGCAGGAGAAGGAGGCGGCGGGAUGCAAGGGUGGGUUGUACGAGUUCUUCUCCAUGGUUAUGGCGGGUCUGGUGGCCACCACCCCCCACAUGGUGUCUGCCACUGUGAUGGCGCUGGCGCGACUCACCUACGAGUUCGCGGCGGCCAUGCAGAAUGUGAUAGCCUCGCUGGUGCCGCCGGUGCUGUCGCUGCUGCGCGGCAAGGCGCGGGAGGUCGUCAAGUCCGUGCUGGGCUUUGUCAAGGUGUGCGCCAUGCGGCUCCCAGUGGACCUGCUCACCCCCCAGCUGGGCCCCAUCCUGGAGGGCAUCCUGCUCUGGUCGCAGGACUCGAAGAACAAGUUCAAACUCAAGGUCCGUGUCAUUGUGGAGCGGCUAGCCCGGCGGUGCGGCUUCGAGGCGCUGGCAUCCGUGAUGCCGCCCUCCGAGAGCCGCCUGCUGGCUCACAUUCGCAAGGAGGCGGCUAAGAAGCAGCGGAGGAAGGCGGGAAGCCAGGCGGGAAGCGAGGCUGGCGACGUGGAGGGCGACCGGCGCUCCCGCCACAGCAGCGGCCGGGACUCCCUCGCCCGCACCGCCCGCGCCUCCCAGUGGGGCCACACAGCCGUCUUCUCAUCGGAGGCAGGGGACGAUAUGGAAGAGGACGAGCAGGAGCUGGCGGGCGGGGCCGGGAGGAGGGGUGCGGGCGGGGCCAAGAGCGUUAAGAGCGCGGGCGGCAAGUCGGCUGGGGGGCGUAACGCCAGCGGAGGGGUGCGGCUGGCAGCGGGCGGCAGCGGGGGAGAUCCGAUGGAUCUGCUGGACGCGGCGACAUCACGGCAGUUGGUGCGGAGCGCGGCGGGGGUUGUACGACAGCCUGCGGCCGGGCGGGAGGAGGCGUUCAAGCGGGACCCCUCGUCGGGCAAGAUGGUGAUUGCGGAGGAGGAGGACGAUGAUCCGCUGGGGUUGGGGAAGAGGGGAGGCAACAAGAAGCGCCGGAGGGGAGAUGAUGAUGGAUACAACAGCGACGACUCGGAUUACGACGAUCUCAAGGGCGUGGCGGAUCUUCGCCACGCACUUCGCAAGGCCGGCGAAUCCAAAUCCGUACGGUUCGCGGAGGCCGCCGCCGCCAAGUCCGAGGGCGGUCGCAGCAUGGGUGGUCGCAGUGCGGGUGGUCGGAGUGCGGGCGGGGCCAGCAGUGUGGGCGGCAGGAGCGCCGGGGGGCGCAGCAGCGGCGGCGGCAAGGGGGCGCACAGCGGGGAGCGGUUCAAGGCCAAGGGGGCGGCGGGUGACGUCAAGGGCAAGUCCAAGAUUGAGCCGUACGCGUACUGGAGCCUGGAUCGCCGGAUGCUCAACCGUCGCAGGGGCAAGCAGGCCGCCGCUACUUCCAAGUUGGAGUCCAUUGUCAGUGGGGCCAAGGCGGGUGCGCUCAAGGGCGCGAAGGCCAAGCGGCAAGCGGCGGCCUCCGCUGCUGCUGCCGGGGGUCGGGGUGGCGGCAGGGCGGGCGGCAAGGGAGGUGCCAAGCGGCAACGUACCUCGGAGUGAGGGGAGGAGGAGAGGAUCGGGUGGAAUGCGGGGCGGAUGGCGCAUGAUGGGAAUCAGGAGAGCCGGGGUGGCGGGGCAGGGGAGCUAGUUCCACAGCUGCGAUGGGCGGGAGUGGGGUUCCUUGGGAAGGGGAACUGGUGAUAGUAGCGGGGGAAGUUGGGUUUAGAAGCGGGGGGUUGUACGAAUAAAACGGGUUGAGUUGCUGUGGAUGGGGCAUGUGGGAGGGAAGCGGUGUGUUAUUGGAACCCUGCUUGAGCUUUUUGGGUGAAGACAGGACAGUGAGGGGUGUCGUGGGGGAGUCGAAUGCGGAAAGAUACAUACGAUACAAACUGGAUAAAUUAAGGACCAUCAACCUUUAGCGCGUAAUGUACGUCUUCGUGCCGUACCAAACUUCUUCACGUGUACGGUAUAUGGUGUAGGACAAUUUGGCAUACAGUUGAUAUCCCUUUUGAGCUUCAUGGCUUGCGAAGAUGGUACUUGCAAUGUUACGCACAAGUGGCCUGGGUCCUUGAUAUGACUCAUGAGGGAGGAGGAGGAGCGCCGUGGAUUGGUGAGGUACUUUUGGAAUCCAAGACAAGGGCUGCCACUAGACCGAAGUGCGGUUGCUAUCCUGCCAUAAUCCUGUUUGGAUGCAACAGCCGUUAUGUUAUACAGCCGUUAUGUUAUGUUGUACGGCAUAUAUACGGCGAGCGGUUAACGCAAAUUUUCCCGCCACGGUAAGAGGGGGGGUUUGUCCCAUGUUAGCAUGCCGUACAUUGGGAUGAUGGCAUGCCGUACGUUCGGAUGAUGGCAUGCCGUACAUUGGGAUGAUGGCAUGCCGUACAUUCAGAUGAUGGCAUGCCGUACACUUUCUUCUUUACAAAGCCGUGCAGCGCCC